UGAAAAAUUUGAAUGAAAAAUGAGGUUAAGUAAUAAUUAUUUAAAUCGAUCUUUUUAUAUUUCACACUCACAAGUUCCUUUCUAAAAAUGACUACUAGAAAACCUUGGAGGAAAGUUCUGUAUGAGAAGCAAUGCUACCCGGAUAACUAUACAGAUAAAAAAGUAUUUCUAAGGGAUCUGCGGAAGAAUAUAGAUUUUAAAGAAGUAUCACUAACUGAAGCCGUCCUAGGUGCCAAUUUGUUACUGCAGGAGUUCUGUACAGUUGUGGCUUUUGUACUCAUAUAUUUCUAUAUGGUUAACAAGUGGGUUGUACCAUCAAAGAUAUUCCAAUGGACCAGCCUAUUGACAAUUUCUGGUUUCAUAUACUACCUCUUAUUUUUCAGUGCGGGUAUUAGACAAAAAUUGGGACACGAUUUGAGAACAGUACUAACGUUUAUAGUGUUCGGACAGUUAUUUUCACCAGUUUUACACACUUUAACCGAUACUAUAAGUACCGACACAAUUUACACUACCACGUUUUUCAUGAUGCUGGUACAUUUAAUAUUUUUCGACUAUGGAGUAAGUGCCGCAAUAGUCUCAAACAGUUUGUCUCUCAGUGCUGCUGUGUUUGCUUCCAUCUGUUUGGCUUCCAGGUUAUCGUCGGCUCACGAAGCUUUCAUUUUAAUGACCGUGGCAACGGAGACCUUUGUGCUUUUUCCUCUGCUGAGGCAUGAAAUUCAAAAACCUGUUUUAGUGACUUUCUCAUUACUGUCUGUUGAUGCGUACUUCUUGUAUCAAAUUGGAGGCCUUGCUAUAACUUUAUUCGUGGUAACGGUUACGUUAGUUACUGUGAUUUGUCCCUUGCUUUUUGUGAGGUACCAGAAAUACAAGGAUAAUAUUUACGGACCAUGGGAUGAGGCGGUUGUGGACGAUGUAGAUAGCUUAGCUUUUAAUUGAGUUUUUAGAAAUAAAUCAACUGGUCUGAUUAGAAAUUACUAGAUCACAGGUUAAUAAAAAGAAAUCUGCAGGUGCUGCAAUAUCGAAUAAAACUUGAUAUUUCACAAUUUAAAUAUUUUAAGAUUGGUAAAAAUCUAAGUCAAACAAGGGAGACUAUGCAUUAUUGCAGUCUCAACUUGAAAAUGGAAGUAUUGGAUGGGGAGGAGCAAAUCGUACUUAAAACCGUUACAGGUACCACAAAAAAGAUUUAUCAAAAAAUAUAUCAAUAGAACAAUUAUAAGCAAAAUUUUAGACUUAACAGCAGCUGUAGGUAAUGUUCAGUCUGUGUACUUAUACGUUCGAUAAGAUAUCCUUCAAGUACUCAAUUUAAUCUCCAUAAAUAAGGCUCUCGAAAUAGAAAUAUUUUAACUAGAAAGGGAAAGUGCAAUAAAAUUUACUUACCUUGCUCUGUUUGUAUGAUGUAUAUAUAUAAAUUAUAUUUUUUUCUAUUUAACUAGGUUUUAUUAUUCACUUAUGUUUAUGUCAU